CUAUUUUCAGCCGAGUACUUCGAAGAGCGCACGGACGUCCAGUGCCUGCACCGCUGGCAGAAAGUCCUCAACCCCGAGCUCGUGAAGGGCCCGUGGACGAAGGAGGAGGAUGACAAGAUCAUCGAGCUCGUCAAGGCGCUCGGCGCGAAGCAGUGGAGUAAGAUCGCGCAGCAGCUCCCCGGGAGGAUCGGGAAGCAGUGCCGCGAGCGGUGGUACAACCAUCUCAACCCGGAGAUCAAGCGCGAGGAGUGGUCCAGGGAGGAGGACCAGAAGCUCAUCGUCGCGCACGCGGAGUACGGGAACAGAUGGGCGGAGAUCGCGAAGACGUUCGUCGGACGCACGGACAACGCGAUCAAAAACCACUGGAACAGCACCCUGAAGCGCAAGGUGGAC